CGUUGCGGAGCAGCGCCUAGACACGCAAAGGCCCGAAGUGAAGCUCGUGGAAUCUGCGGCGGGAGAGAGGACGCCAGGGUUUCUUGGGCAACUGCAAUCAUGGCGGCCACUGCGCCCGGUGCCAGCGGCUCCGCGCCUGAGGCGGCGGGUUCCUCCGAAGCCCCCCUGCAGUACAGCCUUCUUCUGCAGUAUCUGGUGGGUGACAAGCGUCAGCCCCGGCUCCUGGAGCCUGGAAGCCUGGGCGGGAUCCCGAGUCCGGCCAAGAGUGAGGAACAGAAGAUGAUCGAGAAGGCGAUGGAAAGCUGCGCCUUCAAGGCAGCGCUGGCUUGCGUGGGAGGAUUUGUCUUGGGAGGUGCAUUUGGGGUGUUCACUGCCGGCAUUGAUACCAACGUGGGCUUUGACCCUAAGGAUCCUUACCGCACUCCGACUGCAAAAGAAGUUCUUAAAGACAUGGGGCAGAGAGGAAUGUCCUACGCCAAAAAUUUCGCCAUUGUGGGCGCCAUGUUUUCUUGCACUGAGUGUUUGGUAGAAUCUUACCGGGGAAAAUCAGAUUGGAAGAACAGUGUCAUUAGUGGCUGCAUCACCGGAGGAGCCAUUGGUUUCAGAGCUGGCUUAAAGGCUGGGGUCAUUGGUUGUGGAGGUUUUGCUGCUUUCUCUGCUGCAAUCGAUUACUAUCUACGGUGAGAAUGACUGCCUCCCAGGAAGGACAGCCCCAGCCCAGCAUCGUGGCUGCUCUGAGGGGGGCAUUGACUGCCCCUCCCCCCCACCCCUGCCUCGGCACUUGCUUCAGGCACUGAAGACAUGGAUUUCCCCUCCUAUAGCUGAUGUUGUGAGGGAGCUGCCUGGCUGCUGUAUGCCUCCAGCCUCUGAGCAGCUACGCUGUCUGCUCCUGGACUCCAGCCAGGCCGUAUGGGGAUACGCCAUGCCAGGCUCUCUCUCUGGCAGAUUGGGAGUCAGUGCAUUGACUUGUAGAAAUUAAGCUCCACAAAGAUUCAGUGCUGACUGCACCUGGCCCUCUGGUUGUGUGGUGCUGUGGAGCAGAUGGGACUUCACACAGACCCUGGGAAGCUGUUCUGCCUGGGACCCCGCGCUGUCUCGCGUAUCAGGGCGGGGCCAAGGGAACUUACGCCCUCCUGCCAGUUAUGUCAUUUUGUUGAGCGCUCUGCUAUCCUUGUUAAAAAUGUGUAUUUAUAUUAGUUUGAGUGGUUUUAUUUUCAGAUUUUACAAUUCCACAAAAUGGUGCCAUGUGGCCCAAAGAGUGAACAUUCAAAGGAGAGAAAUUGAGAAAGCUCCCGAGGAGUGUGGGGUUGUUAGAUUCUCGGGGCUUGUAGAGUGGCGUUGCCCUUACUGAGACGUCGGCCAGGGCCUUCUACCCAGGAAGCCAGCCGGGCUGCUUCCUAGGAUGUUCUGAAAUCCCACACGUGAGUCCUACUGGCUUCCUCUGAAAACCUGCCUGUGGACUGGCCUAAACCACUUGUUGCUGUUCUGCUUUGAGCACUGGACUAGGCCUGGCUCGAGGACAACAUGUGAAGGGUCCUGCUGUCAUCCUGAUGACUAAAUGACAGCCAGCACUGGAUAAAGUGAGUCAUUGCUGAGAGGCUGUUCCCCUACCCCGGUUCCGUGGUAUGUGCUCUUUCAUGUUAACGUAGUGCUUUGACUUGACCUGACAGCCUUUUCUGACAAUAGCAGCUCAGCCUAGUUGUGUGCCAUGGGCAAAAAAAAAAAUUAG